CACCCACACUACACCGUCACAUUGUUACCUGUUGAUAACGCACAGAUAACGAUUUGUUUAUUAUUUUUUAAUAAUUAUUAAUUUUUAUUUAUUAUUGUUUUAGAAAUGGGUUCGGAGAUCCCUAUAAUGGCUGCCAAUGGGGAAGCCAAUUUCAAGAAAAAAUACAAAGAAAUGAAAAGAAAAUUGAAACUUUUGGUCUAUGAAAACGAAAUGUUUCAAGAGACCCUGAAUAGUGCCCAGCGGAAACUCCUGAAGGCGUCACGAGAUAAAAGUGUUCUACUGGAUAGACUGAUAAUGUAUGAAACCGUAGAUCUCAGUAGUAGCGAUGAUGAACUGACUGAGUCAUCGGACUAAGACGAUUCUAUCAAACUAGAACCUAAAAAGAAGCGAAAAGACUUACCAGCUAACAAUUUUUCUAGUGGAACUAGUAAACAGUCUAUCAGUCCCCAAAGAAAUACUCCAAAUCCUACUAAAAAACGAAAAUCUUCUACUCAAAUAGCUUCUAAGUUGGCACCAAUGCCACUUCAAUCAAAUGAACCUCAUUCGAACAGUGUAUUAUCAACAGCUGAAAGCAGUAAAACAAUGGCUGAACCAAAUUCAGGGAACAAUUUUAGUCAAAACAGUUCAGCAACAGACAUGUUUAAUGACACUUUUUCAGUAAAAAGUGAUUCAAACAGUAUGUGUGACGUAGACACAUCGCCUAACAAUAUUACUAAGGACAUAAUAAGCGUCGACAGUAUGGAAAAAUAAUUUGCCCAACAAAUUCAUUUUUUCGUGAACUAUAUUGCAAUGUUUAAUAUUGUACAUUACAUUUGUAACAACAUGUGUAUGUAGGUUGUAUAAAAUAAAUGUGAUUUUCAAAUGUAUAGCAUUUGAAAAAUGUUGUUUUAUUUUCAGUCUGUCUACCAUUGUAAAAUCACAACAAUUUUUA